UCCAAGAUUUCAAGUAACUUGAUUCCAGAGCCUUCACAAGUGCAGCUUGGCAUUCACAAUGUCUGAAGAAACUGGUUCAAGAGACGGCGAUCUCUGCUCUGUGGAUUUUGAGAUAUUUGGCUAUGUCCAAGGUGUCUGCUUUCGUAUGUAUACAGAGAGGAAAGGACUCAACCUUGGUGUGGUUGGCUGGGUGAAAAACACAAACAAGGGGACAGUCAUGGGUCAGGUACAGGGGCCACGUCAUCUGGUCAAUGAAAUGAAGAUAUGGCUGAGUAAGGAGGGAAGCCCAUACUGCCGCAUCGCUCGGGCUGUUUUCAAAAACGAGAAGGCCAUCCCUAAGCUGGAGCUCUCUGGCUUCUCCACCCGAUUCUGACAUACAACCCAAGCUUUUGCUGGACUACCAUGUCUUACACUGUACACCCACUAACACUAAACCCACAACCAAAAAAUCACUAAUUCAUUAUUUACAACAAAUAAAUAAAUAAAGAUAAAUUCCUUUUUUUUUUAAAAUUCCCCUUGUGUUUUAAACAGAUUUUGCUAGAAAUAGAACAACCAUAAAUUUCAUGAUGUGUGUGUGUGUGUGUGUGUGUGUGUGUGUGUGGUUACACCCCAGUGCCUGAAACACUUUUCAUACCAUAUAUGGGAUUGGAAGCAUGUUUUUGUAAUAGCAGUUGCUGUAGUGUGUAGCUUCGAAAUGUAAAUCCUUACAAACCAAACUCAAGAACCUAUUUUCAUCCAUAUUUUAGGUCAUAAGCACUGAAAAAAAUGUAGUUUAUGUUUGUGUCAGUUCAGAUAAUUGGCAUACAGAUGAGAACACAUUUGCAUAAACUGUUAAUGUUAAGAUUUUUUAUUGUUUAUAUUCAGUUCUGCCCUGAAAGAUUUCACAUAUCAGAUGUUUACUGAUAACUGAAUUUUUAUACAAAUGAACCAGUUGAAACAUUUACACACACUUGUGUGUUGUCAUCAGUGAAAGUUUUUAUAUUUCAUAUAUUUCGUAGUUCUUGAUGAGACCCUUGAGCAGCUAAGUUGCCCACUGCUCUUUGGAAAAAUCCUCCAAAUUCUUUGCUUUUCCAGCAUCUCCUGAUCAUCUGACCGCUUUCUAACAGCAAUGAUGCAACUACAUGCAUUUCACACCUAGGCCUUCACUGGUGUCCUCCCUGAAUUAAUCCACCAUCAUUAUGAUGCCACAGCAGUAGAUACUAAUCAACUGUUAAAUAGUAAAGUAAAAAAGAAAUUAGGCUACAGUAUUUCACACCUCACAAGGAAUAGUCCAUUUUAUUACAGUCCGCCUUGAAAAUGCAUUUGUAAGGAUGUCUGUAACCAAAUCGAUUUCUUCUCCUCUGUCAGCCAUUGUGAGUUA